AUGGCCGCUGAAAACGUGCUUUUUCAACAAGGAGCGGAAGCCAAAAUAUAUUCUUCUACACUCAUUUCUAAACCAGUUAUAGUGAAAGAAAGAUUUAAGAAAACAUACAGGCAUCCUGUUUUAGAUGAGAAACUCACACACCGCCGCACAUCACAAGAAGUCCGUUCAAUGGCAAGGUGUAGGAAGGCUGGUAUUUCAACCCCUGUAGUGUAUUUUGUGGACUAUACCACUCACAAAAUAUACAUGGAAAACGUUCAGAAUGCUGAGCCAAUAAAAGAUGUUAUUAACUCAAAGUUCGGGCAAGAUUCAGAUACGGACUUAGACUUGUUAGCCAAAAAACUUGGCGCCAUGUUGGGCAAGAUGCACGCCAUUGAUGUGAUCCAUGGUGAUUUGACCACAUCAAAUAUGCUCCUACGUGACGGACAAGACAUUGUACUUAUUGACUUUGGUCUGAGCUAUAUAUCAUCCCUCGUUGAAGACAAGGGUGUCGACCUGUACGUACUUGAACGGGCGUUGCUUAGCAGCCACCCAAACACGGAACAAUUCUUUCAGACGGUUUUACAGAGUUAUGUUGUGGCAACUGAAAGCUCAGAGAAAGCCAAAGAAGUUUUGACGAAGUUGGAUGAAGUUCGGUUGCGAGGACGAAAAAGGCUCAUGGUUGGCUGA